UCGUAGGGCAAAAAUGGCGGUGACUUGAUUUGAUUUGGGAAUGUUUUGGCGUUGUCUUCAACUAGAUCUAUUAUUGAGCGAUGCCAUGUAAUAAGCUGAAAUUAAAACCUAACACAAGACAAGGAAGAAGAUGAUCAUUCAGYAAUGAUCUUACAACUUUGACGAUAAAAGAAAUAUGCCUAGAGGGGUGUGCCACUGGGGGCCAAUCUUGGCCCUGUCAAUCAUAACGAUACUGUUUCUAGGUGGUCUGUAUUGUAUGCCGUUUGUAUGUCCUCCAUGGGAAUCACUUGGUGGUGCCAUACAGCUGGUMGUCUAUCUGACGUGGCUUGUUUUGAUAGUGAUGAAUUUUCUCAAAGCAAUCUGGCUUGGACCAGGAUAUGUUCCUGUAAACUGGAGACCACCAGAASAAGAAGAUGAAAAAUGUCUUCAAUAUUGUCAUAUAUGUCAAGGUUUCAAAGCACCAAGAGCCCAUCACUGCAGUAAAUGCUCAAGAUGUAUAAUGAAGAUGGAUCACCAUUGUCCGUGGAUUAAUAACUGUGUGGGACACAAAAAUAUGAAGAGUUUUACACUAUUUUUAUUCUUUGUUCCYCCUGGCUGUCUUCACUGUGCUGUGAUCUUGGCCUGGUGCAUUUAUAACCAGCUUUAUAUGGUAACUGACUAUAGACAUUAUAAGUACAGUAGCCAGUUAAUGCCACUGGGAGUAUACGAAGUUAUUGCUUUAAUGUUCUGUUUUGGUUUGUCUAUUGGUGUUACCAUAGCUGUAGGACUGUUAUUGUAUUACCAGUGCAAAGGAAUAAAGGACAAUGAAACAGCCAUAGAAGCAUGGAUUGUAGAGAAGUCCUGCAGGCCUAGGCCUCAUGGAGAAGUGUUCAUCUACCCUUAUAACCUUGGAUUCAAAGAAAACUUCAAACAGGUGAUUUUCCACAGAGGUGACUACCAAGGUGAUGGUAUCACGUGGCCUGUUUUACCAGGCUGUACUCAAUACACACUUACUAUUGAACAGUUGUGGCAGAAGGAAUUAAAGAGAAACAGAACAGUUCCAUUCCGUGUUGUUAAACAUUAUAAUGGUAGUGUUAUAGCAUGUAGAGAGGGUUUAAGAACAUGUAUAUCUACACCRUGGUCUGAUGAACAUAGAAUGGCUGUAGUCAAGGAUGAUGUCAUAUUGGUAACUAGGUGGAGAAAGUACUGGUUGUAUGGAGAGAAGACAAUAACUGAUUCAAGUAGAAUUCAAGUAGGAGUGAAUAUGGAGAAAGGAUGGUUUCCAAGACACUGUGUGAUCAGAGAAUCAGAACAUCAAAAUGGCUUUCAAAACAUUAAAAAAGCCGACUGAAUCCAUGUCUAAAAUUAACAUAUAAAUCUGAAAUCCAUACAUUGUCAAAUGAAUUUUUUUUAAUGUAAUAAUUAUUAAAUAACUUAUUAUUAAUUAACAUGAACUUACUCAAAACAUGGUUGAUAUACACCCUUUUAAUAAGUCUUGAGGUAUUAUGUUCACAGGAUACUAAAGCGCAUACACUCAAUCUUUGAAAAAUGAGCAGUAUACACCCUUUUAAUAAGUCCCGAGGUAUUGUGUUCUCCGCACUUGAACCUGAGCAAUUGUAAAUAAAUGGAUUGCCAGUUUUUUAUUAUACCUGGAUGAUAAAAUUGCGUUGUUUUUUUGUGUCUAAUUGACUGCACUUCAAUAGUCAAAUAUCUUGAUUUCACUCUAGACAGUGUAAACAUGUUUUGUACAAGUUUGCAAAUAAUUAUAAUCACCUAUUACUUUUAGUCUAGUUAUCAAUCUCUCUAAUUGACAAUAAAUUAUGUAUGUUCACAAUAGAGUGAAAACACUAAAUGUGUGCAACACUUUGCACUACUUACUACAAAACAGUGUUGAUAAAACAAUAGAAAACAAUAUAAUUAGCAUAAAUUAGYAGUAUUUAGUGGUAGUUAUGUUGCACAGUUUCAGUGUUUGUACUCUAGAGUGAACGCACUUAAUCUGUGCAACUGUACAAAAUCUAAGUAGUACUAAUUUGUACUAAAAGUGGACCUGAAGCAAUACGGUAUUGAAUGCUAUA